CUCCUACUAGACAUAGUAAAAAAAAACCAAAUACGAAGAACGAUAGGCUUACCGAGCUAUGAGAGAGAAAGAAAGAAAAAAAAGCUUUCUGAUAAUCACGAGAAGCAUAUUGGGUCGCACCACAAUUCUUCUAAAUUGGUAUGACAGUUGUGUAUCCCAGUCUGAGAAUACCUAUUCAGUCUGAGAAUACUUUCAUUUAUACAAUUCACCUUAUUAGCAGCAAAGUCUUAAACUCUUCUUUACCUUUUUUACACCCUUUUUUAUUUAUUUAUUUUUUGUACAGGGCAUUAUGAACAGCUUGAUAGAAUCCAUCUCUCCUCGUUUCCUAGAACGUGAAAAGCUUGUUCCCGUGGUCAGUAUUACUGCCGCUACUGUCAUCUUGUUUUCUUCCUACAAGUGUUUUUGGAGGAAAACCAAAGAAAGAGGUAUCAAGGAGAUUCCGAUUCCUGGUUCUCGCUAUCCUUACUUUGGUCAUAUGUUUUCCUUGGGAACUUCGCCCGGUAAAGUCAUUGCUGCAUGGCAUAGAGAACUCGGCCCACUCAUUCAACUCUGUAUGGGCAUUCAAACAUGGAUUAUGGUCGAUGAUCCUGUUUUGGCUCACAAGAUUUUUGUUUCAAAUGGCGCUGUGGCCUCCAACAGACCGCAUGUCACAUUCGCCUAUGAUUAUUAUGGGCUCAAGGGAAAAGGCAUUGUUUUUGGUUCUCAUUCCAAAAAUUGGAAAAAAGCCAGAGGAGCAGUGUUAAGUAUUAUUGCACCCAAAGUCGUUGAUAAAAAUUACAUUAAACCUAUUCAAUCCGAAGCGGCUGCUUUAGUCGAUCGAUUGAUAGCGUAUUCCAAGAAAGAGAAUGGUGUAGAUCCCACUGUGCAUUUGCAUCUCAAUUCAAUGAAUACGAUUUGUCGUGCCGCUUUUGGUAAACACUAUUCAUUUGAUGAUCCCGAGUUUAAAACCAUGUCACAUGUAACGGAAAGAUCUAUGACAUUGGCGGCUAUGGAGCAAGAUCUACCCAACUUUUUACCUAUCAUGACCGUUGUGGACUACCUCUCUGGAAAACAUGCCAUGAUGAAAGACUUUAUUAAUAAUGAACGUAACCCACUUUAUCGUAAAUUAAUUGCUGAAGCCUUGGAAACACCGGGUCCGAACUUUGUGAAAUCUUUGGACGCAUUUAAUUUCACUGAAGAAGAAAGACUUGUCAUCACUGCCGAUUUAAUUAAUGGUGGUACCGAUACUGUCUCUGUUACACUCUCUUGGUCUUUUGUCAUUAUGUGCCAUUAUCCUUUAGCUCAGAAGAAAGCAGCGGAUGAAAUUGACGCAUUUAUCAAGUUGAAUGGCCGUCUUCCUGAAUUCUCUGAAAGAACACAGCUUCCCUACUGUGUUUCGAUGAUGAAGGAAGGCAUGCGUUUUAGACCCAUCGGUCCUUUUGGUAUACCUCAUACUUUGGACGCCGAUGUGUUGGUCGAUGGUUACCUUAUUUCUAAAGGUUCUAUCGUUAUCUCUAGUAUGGAAAGUAUGCAUCAAAACCCUGACGUAUUUUCUGAACCACUAAGAUACUACCCCGAGCGAUUCAUGAACAAUCUCAAAACAAUGGAUGCAGCAGCCAAGGGUAAAAUUGAAGAGCGUGAUCAUUUCAAUUUUGGUUGGGGAAGACGUAUGUGUCCUGCUAUUUAUAUGGCAGAAGUGGAAUUCUUUACUUCAUUUACUCAAAUUUUAUCCAAAUGUACGAUUGAACCUGUUCGAGAUGCCAAUGGAAAAGAACAGUUACCGGAUAUUGAUCAUCCUGUUACUGCUGGUUUAACUCUUUUACCAAUUCCUUACAAGGUCAAUUUUGUUGAACGAACUGAUUCUCUUAUUUAAAGAAGUGUGACUUUUAAAUUGUCCUAAUUCUACACCAUCGCAUGACAGCAAGAUCAACCUUUACAUUCAUAAUAAUAAAACAAGUUUUUCUUUAUUUAAAAA